UAAGCUUAUAAAGAAUGGCAGAAACUAUAACCAACCAAACAAUAUUCGAGGCAUUUUUCUCCCGCUGGUUAAUCAGCCAGGAACAUCACCUCCACGACCUCCUUCAACUCAUAGAAAGUGGAGAUGAACAAAACGAGCAAAUGUGCAACAACCUUAUCAGUGACAAUAUAGCCCACUACAAACAAUACUUCCAAGCCAAGAAAACACUUGUCCGACAAAACGUAUUUCUUGUGCUUGCACCAACUUGGGUUAGCUCAUUCGAAAGAGCCCAUCUCUGGAUUGGUGGCUUUAGGCCUCGUUUGGCGUUUCGAGUCGUUAUCAACAAUGUGUUUGACUUGACGGAUGAUCAAACUCAGAGGAUUAACAGAGUGAUCGCGGAGAUUAAGGAGGAGGAAGACCAACUCACCCAUGAGUUCGAUAAAGUUCAAGAGAGAAUGAUAUCUUCGUCAAUAUUGGAAUUGACGAGGCAAAUGGGAAGGCCGCCAAGGAAUGGGGCAUCAGAUCGUAACAUGGAGACAGCAGUUGAUACGCUGAAAUUGUCGAUUGAGGCUCUGGUGGAGUGCGCUGAUUUUCUGAGAAGAAAAAGUUGUGGAAAGAUAAUGGAGAUAUUGAAUCCAACUCAGUGUGUGAGGUUUUUGGCGGCGGCCGCUCAGCUGCAAGUUAAUCUAAGGAGAUUGGGGAUGGAAAGAGAUGAAAAUAGACUACAUUCUGCCUAAUUCUACUACCAAAAAAAGUUUAUUUAUCAUCUCUCUCUCUACUUAUGAGUGGUUUUAUUUUACCAGCUGAUGGUUUUCAUGUUCCCAGCUUCUCUGUUUUUGUUUCGUAUCUUUUCUUAAUGGUGUGUGUAUGUGUGAUCACGAGUCAUUUCUAAGUGAAGCAUGCUGUCGUCAUAAAUAAAAUUCUCUUUAUAUUUCAAUUGGA